UACUGUUUAUUUUCCACUCCUCCCUCCUAGGUCAUGCUUUUCAGAAAAAGAGGAUCUGCAUCCUGGAAACCAUAAGAAAAAUAUGAGACGGGGAAGCAUCGUGUGAUGUGUGUGCUGCCUUUGGCCGAGCCUGUGGAGUCCUGUUCAGGUGCUGGGUCCAGUGUGUUGGGUACAGGUGUUGGGUACAGUGGUCGUGGGGCUUGAGGGGAACCUGGUGUUCAGAGCUGUGACUGUGGCUGCACUCAGAGAAGCUGCCCUUGUCUGCUGGUAGCACUGGGCCUUCUCUCCCUGUCAUCAUCCGGAGCAGCCAAUGUCCUGGAGGCAGAAGGUCCUCUCUGAGGUGGAUUCUGGGGACAGGGGAACCCAGGUCCCCAAGGGUUCCUGUUGGAUGCCCCACUCCAGCCUACAUCCAUCCAUCCCACAUCCCCGGGGUCACGGGGCCCGGAAGGCAGCCUUGGUUCUGCUGAGUGUCUGCCUGGUGACUCUUUGGUGGCUAGGAGAGCCACCAGAGGACAUUCUCCAGUUUCUAGUCCUCCACCUAGCCUCCCUGCAGCUGGGACUGCUGUUGAACAGGUUCUGCAGCCUGGCUGAGGAGCUGCGCCAUGUCCACUCCAGGUACCAGGGCAGCUACUGGAGGGCUGUGCGGGCCUGCCUAGGCUGCCCCAUCCGCCUUGGGGCCCAGUUGUUGCUGUCCAGCUAUUUCUACUGCUUCCUCCCAAAUGCGGUUGGCCGGCCCUUCACUUGGACGCUUGCCCUCCUGGGCUUCUCGCAGGCACUGAACGUCCUCCUGGGCCUCAAGGGCCUGGCCCCAGCUGAGAUCUCUGCAGUCUGUGAAAAAGGGAACUUCAAUGUGGCCCAUGGGCUGGCAUGGUCAUAUUACAUCGGGUACCUGCGGCUGAUCCUGCCAGGAUUCCAGGCCCGGAUUCGAACUUACAAUCAGCAUAACAACAAUGUGCUACGGGGUCCAGCAAGCCAGCGGCUGUAUAUCCUCUUCCCGUUGGACUGUGGGGUGCCUGACAACCUGAGCACAGCUGACGCCAACAUUCGCUUCCUGGAUAAACUGCCCCAGCAGACCAUUGACCGUGCUGGCAUCAAGGGGCGGGUUUACACCAACAGCAUCUAUGAGCUUCUGGAGAACGGGCAGCGGGCAGGCGCCUGUGUCCUGGAGUACGCCUCCCCGCUGCAGACUUUGUUUGCCAUGUCACAAUAUGGCCAAGCUGGCUUUAGCCGGGAGGAUCGGCUUGAGCAGGCCAAACUCUUCUGCCGGACACUUGAGGACAUCCUGGCAGAUGCCCCUGAGUCUCAGAACAACUGCCGCCUCAUUGUCUACCAGGAACCUGCAGAUGGAAGCAGCUUCUUGCUGUCCCAGGAGGUUCUCCGGCAUCUGCGGCAGGAGGAAGAGGAGGAAGUUACUGUGGGCAGCUUGAAGACCUCAGAGGUGCCCAUUACCUCCACGAUGUCCCAAGAGCCUGAGCUCCUCAUCAGCGGAAUGGAAAAGCCCCUCCCUCUCCGCUCAGAUCUUUUCUGAGACCCAAGGUCACUCUGCCUGAGCCUCCGGUGGUCUCCAAGGCUCUGGAUUGGGGGCUUUCUUCAGUGGCUGAAUGUCCAGCAGAGCCAUUUCCCCCAACAGGGGCCUUGCAGGGAAAGGCCCAGGACUUGAUGUGUUGAGAGGAGUCCUGUCCCCUUGGGCCAGUUGUUUCCCCUCUCUGAGCCUCGGUGGCUUCAGCCUAUGAAAGGGAUCAUAAUCACUGCCCUUCCUCCCUCACGGUUGUAGUGAGGACUGAGUGUGUCGAAGUUUCUCGUAAGCUCUGGAUUCUAGGUGCUUAAGGCAUGUGCCAGGUGUCUUUCAUUGGGCCUUCCAGACCUACUCCCCACCCUUCUUCCCUUCCUCUGCUCUGGUAUACCAAACUCUCUCGAUGGUACCAACAGGCUCCCUUGCCCUCUGGCUCCUGGUCAUGUUCCAUUAUUGGGGACCCCCAGUGGGAGAAUGGAGGGGAGGAGGCUGAAUUUGGGGUAGUGAAUCCCCCCGCUCCCACCUUGCAGCAUCAAGGUUGCUGUGGGCUCUCCUGCCGGGCAACACUUGCAUAACCAAGACUGUCUCUAGGGUUCUGGAACUGCUUCCUCCCCUGGCCCCUUAAGUCUAGCUGUGUAUGGGCCCCACCCCCACCCCACUAGAGUCCUCCCUCUCACCUUCAGUUUCCUUACACUCCACCCUUUCUCAAUGAUCCCUUUUUAAAGCACGCCUCAGAUUA